ACAUUUUUACACGUGAAUAAAACGGAAGCCACCAUGCCCAGGGCCCCGCCUUUUAUACCGCACCUUCUCGUUUAAAUUGUAUUGUAAUGAGUCUUUAUGUACAGAGAUUAGGAGAGCACCCUAGCACACUAAGCGUUUCUGUUAAGCAAGGCUCAAUACAGUUGUUUGCUCUGCAGCUAGAGCUCAACAAGAAUCUUAUUGCACCUCAUUUUGCUUCUGUAUACACCAACUCAGAUAAAAUCCAAGUAUCUGAAACUCAUCCCAAUUGCUUCUAUCAAGGAAAAGUCAAUGGACAUCCAAAGUGGCAAGCUGUCAUCAGUACAUGUCAUGGAUUAAGAGGCUGGUUUGGUGAUUUGAAUAAUGAAAACUCUUUAUAUCAUCUGGAGCCACUCACUGAGGAUCACUUACAUGUCAGUCCAGAAGAGGAUAUCCUGGCCAAUACUCAUGUACUUUAUAAAGACACAGAGAACAAGAAAAAACUUCAAAAUUUUGUCUGUGGUACUCCUCAUGGAAAUAUCUCAGUAGAUAGAUUCAAACUUCCUUCAGGAGCUGGCAGUUCUCUCCAUAGGUUGAGGAAACAGUCUGGUGGGGCUUCUAACAUUGUGGAAGUAUUGAUAGUCAAUGAUAACUAUCAGUACAUUGCUUAUGGAAGGAACAUCAGUGCAGUUGUAUUGAGGGCAAUAGAAAUAUUUAGUCACGUUGACAUGUUGUAUCAGUCUAUUAAUGUUCGUGUUGUGAUUGUUUAUUCGUUGACAUGGACAACACAACAAGGGAUAUCAUUCAGUUCAGUACCAAACACUCUACUGACACUGUUCCGUCAAUACCACACUAGCACCACUGCAUUCCGAUCCAUCACUCAUGAUAGCGCCCAAUUGAUCACUGGUAUUGAUCUGGAUAAUAAUGCAGUAGGUAUAGCUUAUGUUGGCACAAUGUGCAAUUUUGAUUCAUCUGUUGGAUUAACUCAAGAUACAAGAGGUAGUGUUGCAUCAGUGGCUACCAUUGCUGCACAUGAAAUGGGACAUACUUUUGGUAUGAACCAUGAUGAUGACUCAAGUUGUAAUUGUUCUGAUUCCAAUGGUGGUUGCAUUAUGAAUGCUAUUUCAAGAUUCCCUCCAGCCACCAGUUGGUCACAGUGCAGUAUUAAUGAAUUGAAUGCUGGUUUCGCUGGCUCUGGCAAUUCUGAUCUCAACCGUUGCUUAGGAAACAGUCCAACAACUAUUGUUGGUACUGCUAGGUGUGGCAACGGAAUAAGAGAACCAGGAGAGACUUGUGACUGUGGAAGUUUAGCUGAGUGUGAUGAUCCAUGCUGUAAUGCCACAACAUGUGAACUGGCCAGUACUGCCCAAUGUGGAUCUGGAGUUUGCUGUGAAAACUGCCAAUUCAAGUUAUAUGGUACUACAUGUCGUAAUUCAUCUGGUAUGUGUGACAUACUAGAAUAUUGCACUGGUCAAAAUGCUGAUUGCCCAACAGAUUUAACACAACAGAAUGGAAUAUCCUGUGAUAAUAAUACUGGUUAUUGUUACGAUGGUACAUGUGGCUCUGCAUGGGAUCAGUGCAACCGUUAUUUUGGAAGUGAAUCAGUUCCUUCUAAUGAUGCAUGCUACACACAGUUCAAUACUCUUGGUAUUGCCUGGGGUCACUGUGGAGCUAAUGGUACCAGUUAUAUUCCUUGCACUACUGGGAAUGCAUUCUGUGGUUCACUCCAGUGCAAUGGCGGCAGAAUAAUAUUUAAUAAUGUUAAUUCAAGGAGUGCUUUGACAGCUUAUACUAGAUUUGCUAGUGGUCAAGAGUGUAGGAGUGUCACUACACGUGCUGAUGCUGAUGAAGUCAGUCCUGGUUUAGUGGUUGAUGGGGCUAGCUGUGGAACUGACAUGAUGUGUGUCAAUCAGCGCUGUUUAUUACUUUCAUCACUGGAGGGAGUCAGCCCUUGUCCUAUUGGAAGUAAUGGACAAACAUGCUCUGGAAAUGGCGUGUGCAAUAAUAUAAACCAGUGCUCCUGUAAUGUUGGUUACACUGGUAGUGAUUGCAGUUUGAUACCUGGAACAACAACAACAACAAAUACAUCAGUCAUGGCCAAUACAACCACUAGUGCCACUAUGUCUACGACUGACACACCAUCUGUCUCAAAUCAGCUAAUGUCUAUCAUCAUAUCAGGAAUAGUUACAUUUCUAGUAGUGUGUAUAGUGUUAACUGUAAUGCUCUUUGUAACCUAUAUGAUUAUGAAGAGAAGGAAUCGUAAACAAAAAAAGCAACUUGCAAUGGUAGAAAUUCCAAGUUCGACUCCUUCUUCAUUUUUGACAGAAGACAUGAAAGAAAGCACUUACAACUCUAGCAAACCUAUUGAGAUUUUAUCAAUUAAUAUGGAACGGCUCUCAAAUUAUAUAGUAUCAGGGUCCACCAUAAGCAUGCAAGAAACUAUUGGACAAGGUGAGUUUGGUAUAGUUUAUCGUGGAGUGAUGACGAUAAAGAAUGAAAUACCUAAACCAGUUGCCAUGAAGACAUUAAAAGGUUUUUAUAAAGAGAGUGACAUUGACUCAUUACUGGAUGAAUGUAUUAAAAUGAUGCCAUUCAAUAAUUUAAAUGUAUUACCACUGAUUGGUGUGUGUCUUGAUCUCGGACCAGCUCCAUACAUUAUCAUGCCUUUCAUGUCAAGAGGAAGUUUAUUGUCUUACCUCAAGAAAGAGAGGCCUAAUCUUACCGUAGCUGAUACCAGUGAAGAGGAUAUUAUACUGAAUGUCAGAAAACAGUUGCUCUCCAUUUGUUUACAAGUUGCCAAUGGAAUGUCUUACUUAGCUUCACAGAGGUUCAUUCAUUGUGAUCUUGCUGCUAGAAAUUGCAUGAUUGAUGAUAAUGGUAUUAUUAAAGUAGCAGAUUUUGGACUAUCUGAAGACAUAUAUACCUGCAAUUAUUUCAGGCAGCUAAAGUGCAGUGAUAAUAACUCAGGAUCAUCAACAGUUAAACUACCUGUGAAAUGGAUGGCAUUAGAGAGCCUUCAUGAUGGACUGUUCUCUGAAAAAUCAGAUGUUUGGUCUUAUGGUGUUCUUUGUUGGGAAGUGUUCAGUCUUGGUAAAGUACCAUAUCCUGGCCUGAAUCCAAUAGGAGUAGUGGAGUUACUAGAUACUGGUGGACGAUUGCUGUGUCCACAUAAUGGAGCCUGCUCACAGGAAAUUUACUUGCUGAUGCUAUCUUGUUGGUCUGAGUCUCCUAAUGAUAGGCCAAUGUUUAGUGAUUUAGUUUCUUCAAUAAAUGCACUCAUUGAACCAUUGGCUGGCUACCUUGAUUUUACUGACAUUAAUAAUACUUGUACUGUAAAAGAUAAUGUUGUUUGUGACUAGAUCUAUGUAUCAGUAUCAAUAUAUUUUUUGUAGAAUGUAUAAUGUGAAACAGCUUUUUGAGUGAUAGCUUAGCUGCCAUGCUAAAAACAA